AUGGAGGAGGAAAUGUUUUCCCUCCAAGCCAAUAAGCGCGAGAAGCUGGCGAACGGCGUGGAGCGAGCGGAGGCGACUGUCGUUAUCGAGCACUGCACGAGCUGACGCGUCUACGGGCGCAACGCCGCGGCCCUGAGCCAGGCGCUGCGCCUGGAGGCCCCGGAGCUCCCGGUGAAGGUGAAUCCCGCCAAGCCCCGGAAGGGCAGCUUCGAGGUGACGCUGCUGCGCCCGGACGGCGGCAGUGCGGAGCUCUGGACUGGGAUUAAGAAGGGGCCUCCACGCAAACUCAAGUUUCCUGAACCUCGGGAGGUGGUGGAAGAGCUGAAGAACUUUCUGUCCCUGGUGAUGUUGGAGCAUUUAUGAUGGGACAUGGCCAAACUUCAGUCAUGUGCCUGAAGCCAUGGUUUCUUCUCCUCCAGAAAUGAUGGUUCAGUUGUGAGGCAGCCCUCUAGUAAGGCAUUGUAAAAGUUACCGGAUUUGGUUUGUUUAAUAAAAGCUGAAAUAAAGUAUUUGAGUAAUAAAA